CCCUCAGCCCACAGGGGGCACCAGUGUUCAUAGCUGCAGGUCGAUGAGCCGGAUGUUGACUAGUGAUGCCUGGAUGCGGAACGACCACGCUGCUGUAGAAAUGGACGCCUUCGAGUUGUUUCGGAAACUCGGAGCUGGAGCUAAAUUUGACUUGAAGAGAUUUGGUCAAGACGCCGCUCGGUUUAAGGUUGCCAGGUCUCACGGAGGUGAUGCGUCCGCAGAUGCUCUCUCUGCGAUCGACUACUUUGGCACAGGACCUGCCAAUGGAUCCAAGAGCAGUGCUGUAGUACUGGAUGAUGAUGAUGAUGAUGAUGAUGAUGGAGAGGAAUAUGAGGGGGGAAGUGAAAGUGAAGAGUCUGGUGCAGGAGGCAAAAGGAAGCAAAAGGAUGAAGAGAAAGACGUGGGGACACAAAAGAAAAAGACAAAACGCGACCAGGUGGAAGCUGGUGGCAGAGCGCUGAAAGACACCGAGGGAAGCGGCAUCGCUUGGACAUCCUCACUGGACAGAAAGAUCCAAAACCUGCCGAGUGAUGUGAAGGAGAAAUCCUCGCUGAAGAGGCUGAAGCAUCUUCAUCAGGAAAAGGUGAAUCGUAUUCGCUCUCAACACCGUAUAAAUGUGCACGGCUGCGACAUACCCGACCCCGUGUGCACGUUUGAGGAACUGCAGUCCGAGUAUCGCCUCAACCCGCGUGUCCUUCUGAACAUCAAAGACGCGGGGCUGAGUUCCCCGACGCCAGUACAGAUGCAGGCGAUACCGCUCAUGAUGCAUAGUCGGGAGCUCCUGGCAUGCGCUCCUACGGGAUCCGGAAAGACUUUGGCUUUCUGUCUCCCACUGCUUGCCCACCUGCAGCAGCCAACCAACCUGGGCUUCAGAGCUGUCAUCAUCGCCCCGACCAGAGAACUGGCCAACCAGACCUACAGAGAGCUGCUCCGCCUUUCAGAGGGAGUAGGAUUUAGAGUUCACAUCAUAGACAAAGCCUCUCUGGCAGCCAAGAAAUAUGGACCACAGUCAAACAAAAAAUACGAUAUACUGGUCAGUACUCCAAACAGACUCGUCUUCCUUCUCAAUCAGGAUCCUCCAGCUCUCGACCUCAGCAGUGUGGAGUGGCUGAUUGUCGAUGAGUCCGACAAGCUGUUUGAGGGCGGUAAGACGGGCUUCAGGGAGCAGCUCGCCGAAGUUUUUCAGGCCUGUUCUGGUUCAAAGGUGCGCAGGGCUUUCUUCAGCGCCACCUGCACGCCAGAUGUAGAGCAGUGGUGCCGUCUGAACCUCGACAACCUGGUGUCUGUCAACAUUGGACACAGAAAUGCGGCAGUGGAGACGGUGGAACAGAAGCUGCUGUUUGUUGGGACAGAGAACGGCAAACUGGUGGCCAUGAGGGAUAUCAUCAAAAAGGGUUUCCUGCCGCCCAUGCUGGUGUUUGUGCAGUCUAUCGACCGAGCACGGGAGCUUUUCCACGAGUUAGUGUACGAAGGCAUCAAUGUAGACGUGAUCCACGCAGACCGCACACAGCAGCAGAGGGACAACGUAGUAAACAGUUUCCGGUCCGGUAAGAUUUGGGUGUUGAUCUGCACGGCUUUGCUCGCCAGAGGAAUCGACUUCAAAGGAGUCAACCUCGUGCUGAACUACGACUUCCCCACCAGCUCUGUGGAGUAUAUCCACCGAAUUGGUCGGACUGGUAGAGCUGGACAUCAGGGGAAGGCCAUCACCUUCUUCACAGAAAAUGACAAGCCACUGCUGCGCAGCAUCGCUAAUGUCAUCAAGCAAGCUGGCUGUCCGGUACCCGACUACAUGAUUGGCUUCAAGAAGAUACACAGCAAAGUGAAACGGAGACUUGAGAAGAGACCUCCCAAGAGAAGCACCAUUUGCACAACUCCUCGCUUCUUAAUGAAGAACAAAGGUAAAGCCCAAAAUAAAGGACAGAAUGUGGAGAAGCCAGAAGCGGGUGGAGAGCAGAAAGGAGAAAAUGUAUCUCAAACAGCAGUGCAACAGCAGAAAGGGAAAAAGAAGACAAAAGGAAUAGAACUGAAGAGAAGAAAUAAAACCCAGAAAGAAGGGGCAAGAGAAAAGAACAAGAAGGCGUCGCAGAAGACGGAAUCAAAUUCCUCUGUAGCCAAGUUAAAAAAGAAAAAGGGGAAUAAAAAUAAGCCACAAGAGGAUUAGAGGAGAUUGGUACAAGCAGACUGAUGGAAGAUGGACGUGGAUUCUUUAUUUUUUAUUUUUUGUUGUUGUUAUAAAUACAUCUUGCCGACUGAUUUACUGCUAAUUUUCAUAUUUGUGCUUUGUAUUAUCAGAGUAUAAAAUAAACAGUUUAUAUAUAUAUAUAUAUA